AUGGAGAUGAUUGAAGAUGAUGAAGAAGAAUAUGUUGGUUUGGAUAAGGAAGAGAAUGAAAAGAAUGAAGAGGAAUUUUCAGAUUCAGAUGACAAUAAGGAUAUUGGUGCAGAGAUGAAAAUCCAAAAAAACGAUAUUGCAUUUCAAAAAUCAAUAGUUUUGUAUACACCGAAAGAGAAUCAAGCACAACACACUGAAGUUGAAAAUACAUUGAAUGCAGAAGAAGCUGAAGAAAUAGUUGUGGACCAAACAACAAACACACAACAAGAAAUUCAAGAAGAAGCAGGAGGAGGAAAUAAAAGGAAAGGAAAAGAAAAAAUUGAAAAACAAUGGAUGCAGAACAACAUCAAGAAAUGGUUAUGUAUCAAACAAUAG